CCCACCCACUACCAGAUGACCAGCCUUCAGCCUGAGGAACAGCUUCGGCCGACUGCUGCCGAACACGACAGACUGCCCGAAUGUGCCGCUGCCAGUGUCCGGCAAGAAUAUCCGCGCCGUGGACUAUGAUCCGAUCUCGCAUUACAUUUACUGCAUCGAAGGCAGGAGUCACAGCAUCAAGCGUUCUCUGGCAAAUAGCACAAAGCUUCCUGGGUGAAUCCGUAAGCGUCAACGAUACCGGGGACUCGGAAAAGCCUCGCAACAUUGCCGUGCAUUCUAUGAAGCGUUUGCUCUUCUGGACAGAUGUCGGCAACCAUCAGGCCAUCAUUCGGGCCCGAGUCGAUGGCAAUGAGCGUUUGGAGGCCAACAAGCUGGAAGGAGUCACGGCGCUGGCCCUGGAUCAACAGUCUGAUAUGAUUUACUAUGCCCAGGCAAGCGAAUCGAUGUGAUAGACAUCAAUGGAAAGAACAAGUAAUCAACAUUGCCGCCUAGGGGGAAUUGUGUACUGGCUGGACGACAAGACCGGACUGGAGCGGAUCACUGUCAACGGAGAGCGUCGUUCC